CACCUACUUCACAUCCACAUCUCGCACAAUGUCCCUCGAAAUCCUCCACGCAUACCGCCACCUCCUCCGUACAUCCCUCCACGCAAUCCGCCACGCGAAACCCGCCCGCUACACCCUACUCACCCAUCUCCGCCACUGUUUCCGCAGCACACCUCAAUCCGCCUCUUCCUCCUACGACGCUCCCACCACGACACGCACAUUAGAAUUUCUCACAAACGCGGUAAAAUACAAAGGCGUGGAGGAAAAAGUCGUCAGGAAUCUGAUCCACGUGUGGGGGUGUAGGGGUAGGGAUGUUCCUUCUAUACUGUAAGUGCAAAAUGACAACAAAACCCUUAAACGCAGAGGAGAAAAGAUGUCAAGGAUAUGAGGUUUAGGGAUGAAGCGUAUGAGAAAUUCGACCAAGAUGUUAGGAUGUUGGAGAGGACGUUGGGGAUUAGGUUGACGGGUGGAGAGGAUAUGGGCUAUCAGAUGGAGGUCAGGAAGAGGUAUAGGAGGAUAUCCCAAUCGGUGGCUGCUUCGAGGAAGAGAUGAAAAGGUAUAUCUUCACGUAAGAAGAGAAGGCGGAGGGGAAGCUGCAGAUUCAAGGCUUUUGUAAUGACAAUGUACAUUUUUCUACACAAAUUUGUUGAAAUCGUCC